UGCUUCCUCACUGUUCGAUGAAAUGCCUGACUAUAGUGGAGCGUUUCGGUAUAGUCUAAUCUCUGAGAAGGUGGUUGCUCAAUAUAUGUUACUUCAUUUUCCAUUUUAUCCCGGUUCAGUAACUGGACGUGUGUUUGACAGUAUAGAAAUUGUGUUUGAUAAUAGUCUUCAGUUGAAUCUUCCAUGUAUUACACCACUAUCAACAAUGGCAUUGGGAGAGAAAUCCAUGGUGUCUACUGCAGGCCAGCUGUUACACACAAUGUCCCAACCGUGCGACCAUUCCAGGAUGUUCCUCCAUGAGUUAUCCGUUGCCAAUAUCUUUACCCCUAUGGUUAAAUCUGAGUGGAAAAAUGGAAACUCAAGCCCUACGGACAAGUUAUUUGUUGAAAGCUUACAACGAAUUGACACCAAGUCGCCCUGGGGUGGUAUUGAGACUAUCGCGAACAGUGCAAUAAGAGCUUGUGCUAGUCAUACUGCUAUUUGCAUGAGCAAAGUUGAAGGAAAAUUAUGGGUCAGCGAAUUUAUACAGGAGCUUGACAUGGAAUUUGGCUGUAUGGUUUUCUAUACACUAUCGGAUUGGGUAACAUCAAUAAUAUUUUAUGGUUGUAAUAGAGCUACUGCUUCAUUUCCACCUGAUUUUAGACUACCCAAUUGCAAGUGGGUAGAUACUGGUCAAAGGGCUUCCCAGAUUGCUAGUUGAAGACAAAGCAAGAUUCACUUCUCAAAUCCUCAGUUUAUUUUUUCUUCAAUCUGAAUCUGAGAUCCAUCUGUUGAUA